AACACCUCACCAGUGCACCACCCCACCAACCACCUCUCGUUUUGCAUUUCUCUGCGCUCGCUGUCGCUGCCAUGGAUUACGGAGGCGGAGGCGGAGGAGAUGGUGGUGUGCGCGGCGGCCCCGGCCGCGGGGAGGCGGCGGUGGGGGAGCACAGCCGUACCGGCCCAACCGGCGUCGUGUGGCCGCCGCCGCCGCCGGGUAGCACCCCUGUCACCGUCCGGAGGCCUCCACCGUCGACCUCGCCGGCUCCGCAGGCGGCGGCUUCGUCGUCGUCGACGUCGACACCGGACAAGCUGGUGAGGCAGAAGGCGAUGGAGAUCGCGCUGGCGCCACCCGCCGCGGCCUCUCCAGAUGGUGAGGCGCUGGCCUCGGACAAUCUCGCGCAGAUAAAAACAGCAUUAGGUGGGGUUUGCAUUGAAACAAAUCAUCAGGAUGAUAAAAUCAGAAGAUUUUCUGUUGACAAGAAUGGGACAAGAUGCUGCCUAGACUCUAGCAGUGAGUCUGGACCAUGGUACUCCAAGAAGCUUAAUAACAAGAAGGGAGUGACUGGAAUCCUUAGUCAAUGGCACAAGCAGACGGAACAGAAAGCUCAUGAGGUUGUUAUCUACAAACGUUGUACUGCUUCUGGAUCUGCAGUUACUCUUUUUCUUAUUAUGAUGAGCUUGGUUUGUACGGUGAGAGGAAGCAACCAUGGAACUGAUUGCGACAUCGGCGAGUACUCAACGAGCAUUGCUCAAGUUUGUCAGUAUGGUGCUCCUCCCGCAGUGUGUUGCGACCUUUUACAAUCCGCUGUCCACACUUGUGGCAAUGCUAGUGUUUUGUGUGAAAUUGGCAGAUCUGUGCCAAUUACUUCUAGAGGUUUCAAUGUUCAUGAUGUUAUGGAUUGGCACCGAGAGUGCACGGGUCAACCAGAAUCAUCCAGUGUAGAUGCAUCGUCCAUUUGUUAUGUAUCAGGUGAAAGGCACAAAGAGGGCACAAAAGAAGAGGGCCAUCAAGUAAAUAUUUUGAUUGAGACCGGUAACAAGGAGUGCAACGCAAGGAAGUCAACUUCUACUAAUCCGAUGUUUAUCGGUUUAGGAAUUGGGUUUGGAUCGGCCAUGCUCUUUGCUUUCGCGCUGGUGGUGAUUUGGCUGUUCGUGAGAAGGCGAUCACAAGGAGGUCCUCUGGUGCCGCAGAUUAGCUUGCUCGCAAUCGCGCCUCACUUCUCCCAAGGGCUUCCUGCGCUGCCCUUCCAAGAGCAUCCUGCGCUGACGCUUCCCUGCGGGCCUGUCCCUGUCCCGACACCUCAAGAAGUUACAACAGUGCAGCCAGCCACCAGUGCAUAUGGUCAGCCAGCGCCAGUGCAGCCAGCCACCACUGCAUAUGGUCAGCCAGUGCAACCAGCCACCAAUCCAAUGGCGUACUUGGCAUCAGUCGUUUCCUAUGCGAUUGUAGACAGACUUACUAGCCGCCGUCGUCGCUAGUACUUGUGUUUGUCUCUCCUCAUACUUUUUUACAACUUUCUUCUCAUACUUGAGACAACUAUUGAGUUUGAUGAUUUAGAAUACUUGAGAUGACCACUGAACAAUUCCGGUUACUGUAAAAUUUGAGACAGCUAGUGAGUGCUGAUGAUUUCUGUUAAUUUGGUUCUUUAAAAUACCUGGACGACUAUUGAUUGA